AUGUUCCACAUCGUUCUUGCUAACGCCACCCUUCGUCUAUACACGGAGCAAAGCCAUCCCCGCGAAUGCAAGGUUAUUGCUGCUCCCGCUGCUGGAGCUAUCUGCACCUGGCGCAGCCGCAGCCACCGGCAGCAGCGGUCUUGCAUCCGCAAGGGGCGUUCUCAGCAGUGCACGUGCAGCCCUCCGCAGCUACAGGUAGCGCCCGCGGCGGGAGCAGCAGCGGACUUGCAUCCGCACGGCGAGUUCUCCGCAGUGCAUGUGCAACCCUCCCCGCAGCUGCAUGUAGCGCCAGCGGCGGGAGCAGCAGCGGACUUACAUCCGCACGGAGAGUUCUCCGCAGUGCACGUGCAGCCUUCGCCGCAGCUGCAGGUGGCGGUCGCAGCGGUCUUGCAGCCGCAAGGGGAGUUCUCAGCGGUGCAGGUGCAAGCCUCGCCGCAGGUGCAGGUGGUGGGGGCCAUUGUGCUUGUCGAACACCGAAUGAAGAAGGCCGAACACUAA